GCAGAUAAAUUUAAGUGCUGCCUCCUAGAGAGAAAGUUUACCUUCCGUUGGAGGCUACAAUUUGUGGCAAUGGAGGUUUAAUGGUUUGUGAAUGCGAAUGUUAUGUUAUACAACCUAUUGUAAUUUUAGGGUGGCGCAUUAUUUGGUUGAAACCAAAUUAACAAAUUUUUGGUUGUUUCAGCAGACUAAAUAUACAUAUAAAUUUUUUAAGUGUCCUGAAAAAUCAUCUGAAUUAACUGGAUUGACAAUUUUAUUUGUAAACCACACGAGUAGCCAUAUGCUCUGGCAUUUCUGCUGGUAUUUUUAAUCAUUCCUUAUAAGUGAACUUUUAUUUAUUUAAUAUUCCCAGAAACUACCGUCAUCCUGUUUGUAACUGGCUUAAAUAAUUGGAUUCUGUUGUUUUCCUCUAAGCUUUUUGCAUGGUAGAAUCCUGAUUUUGCAAUGUUGUUACCCUAAUAUCAGUGACUGGUAAAAUAGACUACAUUUAGCAGCAUGGGCAGGGCAAGCACAGGUAGUGAGCUAUCUCUGCAAGCAAAAGGCUGAUGUUGGAGCUGCUGCCAUGGAUGACAUGGGUGCAGUUCACUUUGCUGCCCAGAAGGGGCAUCUAGAGGUUGUUCGAACUCUGAUCUCAUCAGGGGUUUCUGUAAAAGCUUCCAAUCGCAAAGGCAUGACUCCACUACAUUAUGCUGUUCAAGGGUCCCACCUUGAACUCAUCAAAUACUUGGUGAAGAAAGGGGCAAGUCUUACUGUGAAAACGAAAGCUGGGAAAACACCACUUGAUUUCGCAGGGAAUGAAGAAAUUCGCCUACUUUUGAAAGAAUGUGAACAAUCUUCUCUGAAAGAAAAAACAAAUGGUAAAGAGCAAGCCCAGGGGUCUGAUGUGAAGCCGUCAUUGCAGGGUGAGAAAGAAAAAUCUGAUGAUGAAGCUAUCACAGCUGAGCAUGAGAAAGAGGAGGGUGAGAGGAUAAAAAGGAAGUGUGAAGAAGAUGAUAUCCAGGAAGCCUCAUCAGAACCUAAGAAAGCAAAAGUUGCCCUUAAGCAUCUUAUGAGUGCAGAUGACACCACAGAAGAUGAAGAGAACUCAUAAGAACACAAUAGGUAAUAGUGAAAGAAUGGUCAUUUGUCUAUAUCUCGAAGAACUGUAAUAUUUUCUGCAUUAUGAAGGAAGACUGACCAUUUUCUAAUGAUCAACUUACUGUAAUGGUAACAAGGUUAUGAGUAUUCUGUUUCUUUGAGAAAGGUCCCCGCUUUUCAGAUCAUUGUUUGUGAUUCCCUUUCAUUUUCUAGUUUCGGAGCUAAUGAUUGGUUAUCAUCUGAAUACAUGGAUUGUUCCCUUUAAAAAGCAGGGUAUUUCCGUUCAGCUGGGACAUGUCUCAGUACUCUGGAUAUGCUUGCCCAACACUCCUUACUUAUUGAUGGUCUUUUAUACAUUUUAUAAAGUCUUUGGAAUGGGUACUCAAGAACUAAGCUGUAUGAACUCUUAUGUCUUCAUAGACCCCGGUAUGAUGACACAUUUCCUUGCUUAAUUUCUUUUGAACAGAAAUUGUUCCAAAUGGACCACUUCAUAGUUCCUGG